CCUCCCUUAAAAAUUAAAAUACCAUUUUUAUCACUAGUUUCCAAACACAAAGUUAUCGCCUCAAAUUGCUCCAAUUUAAUGCACCAACCUUAAGCAAGUUAGCAUUUCUUAUCCCCAAAUUCAACUGUACUCUUCAGACCCCACCACCAAAUCCUCCUUCCCAAUGGGUUGCUGUCUAGGCACCACCGCCGCAAACCACCGUCAACCGGAUAAAUCCAAGCUCAAAACAGAGCCUCGACCAGCUUCCCACUCUCCUCCGCCGGCAUUCGAAGAAGAGACGGUAAAGGAAGUCCUUUCUGAAACCCCCAUCGUCCCCAAAACUCCACCGACAGUCAUCGUAGACCGCCCACAGACUCUUCAAUCGGAGGAACGCAGCGCCGUUGAUUUAACCAAAAAACCAUCAGAGGAAGUUCAAGAAAAUGUUUCCGAGAUGUCGGAGAUGUAUAGUUACAGUGAGAGCUUCUCUGCUGCAACAACGGCGACGGUGGCGGAUGCUAAGAAAGACGAAAUCGAGAUGGACGACGAAGGUGAAGUCACCCAGAAAGUGAAAAUCAGGUCUCCGCCGGCCAAGAGGGUUGUCAGAAAACGCCCGAUGGUGACUUCAGGCGAACUUGCUGGGAAGAAGGAACGAAUCACCAGACCUGCGGCUAGAAGGCAAAUGGCUCCUUCUCCGGAGAAAAAACGUCAGUCGCCGUCGAGGACUACGACGAACGUACAACGCCAACGAAAUGUAGGACAACCCAAUGAUGCCCGGAGAGAAGUCACGGCUCGGAGAUCGAGGUCACCGGCAGUGCGUGGUGAAGCAGGCCAACGUCGGAAAGUAAGGGACAGAAGUCCCGCUGAGAAAUCCAGUGACGUGAUACCUGUUAACACCGUGGAAAGUGAAGAAAAGAGUACGGUGGAAAAGGCCGACGACGGUGCUGCCUCGCCGGAGCCGCAGACAACCGAGUCGUUGGAAAACCCUCUUGUUUCCCUAGAGUGUUUCAUUUUCCUAUAGUGCCAAGUCGCCGACUUAGACGACGCCGUUUGGCUUGUUUUUUUUUGAUGAAAUGUACUUAUUUAUUUUUCAUCGAAAUGAUAUUUUUUGGGUUGUAAA